AUUAUUAUUAUUAUUAUUAUCGUGCAUCCGUAGUGAUGCGAUGUGAGGGAGGCGAACUAUCUAAACAAAAAAUUGCUUGAUUUUGGCUGAUUUUUUUCGUUCCUCGGUUUUGUUGGUCGUUUUGCUGCCCGUAAGUGAACACGUGUUUCGAGUCAAAGGCUGAUGUGUUUUUUUUAUACAGAUAGAAGGAGGAACCAGAAAUUCGAUUCCUCCAUUACAGGUUGGAUAUUUCGUCCGAUAAUAUAUAAAGAGCGAGAACUGAGUGUCUGGGGCAUGGAAACCCUAGUUUGAGAAGAUGGCCGAACACAUCGGCGUGUUCGAACGCGUCCUCUCCUCCGGUGAUGGUGUCACCUGAGCAAUGGUUCUGAUCGCGUCCGCUGACACGAAUGCGCCCACGUGAAUGAAAUUCGUGUUGGAACUUUGCCAAAUAAGACAUUGUUGUUAAUAAAAAGAAAAAAAGUUCAAGAGAUCAGCUGAGCGGUCGACGAAGAUGCAGAAGCGGCGGCGCGUGAGCGACACGGUGCUGAGCGGUGUGCUCCCGGCACUCGGCCUCAAGCACCAGCAGGGCAUCCAGACGCGCGGGGGGCACCUGGGCUCCGGCUCCACGCUCACGACGCCCAACCCCUGGGCCGUCAUCAACUUCGAGAUCUUCUGGGUCAUGCUCAGCCCAAAGGGCUCCUGCGGCGGAGGCUGCGGCGGGCCGCGGCCGCCCUGCUGCUGCGCCUCCUCGGACAGGCACGCCCCGACGCUUCCCUCUACCUCACCGUGCCCGUCCUCGUCCUCGUGCGGCUGUCAAAAAGCUUCGUGCCGCGGCGCACCGCCGUCGGCGCCCUGCCACGGAGGCGCGCCAACAUGCCCCGGGGGCCAGGGCAGCGCCACUGGAUUCUCGGGCUUGGCAAAUGAGCGCGAGUGUUCCGGCGACGCCGCCUACCCCACCCAACGGCAGUUUGGCACCGCUUGCACUCGCUGCCGCACGCCCGCGCAAGUCUCCCAGUGCCAGCACACUGCGCCGCCCUGUCACUGCAGCUGCUCCGCCGCCUCCGCCAGGGAGGAGAAAGUGCGAAAGUUGAGUCGUGACAGCGGCGUCGGCGAGGAGAGGGAGGAUGGGCCGGCCGAGCAGACUGAGGUCAGGCUGGUCAGCGGGUCAGAGGGACAAGGCUGCUGCUGCUGCCGCUGCUCGUGCCGCUGCUGUGGGGCGCGGAGCCUCGCCUGCUCCGCCGCGCGCCUUCCCGUGGAGGCGCUGAAGGAGGAGGCGCGGCAGCUCCGGGCGGGUGACGUGACCCACCGUGAGGGCUCCCAGGUCAAGGGGGCGACCAUGCGGGUUGCAGGCGAGGGCUUCUCCGCGCACAAGUCAGCUGUCAGUGAACAGCAGCAGCGUCAGACCAAGACGCCAGCGGGAACCAUCAACCAGGAGUCCUCCCGUCAGGCAGCCACGUCAGGUAUCACCAUCAAGACCAAGGGCGUGUGCACCAAGCAGACCUCGUCUAUGACUGCAUCUCAGAGCAAUGUCAGUAUAACUGGAUUUGAAGACCUGGACCUCUUAAAUGAUGCCUCACAGCCAGUCGACAUCCAAAAUGCCAUCAUGCGUUAUUCCGGAGUCAUGUCAAACUUCGUUGAGCAGCUGAAAACUAUGACCUUUAGCGAGGGCUUCAAGGAUGCUCCUUCCCUUCUGGACAACAUAGAUGAAAUGAUCCGGAAGGCUUGGUCAGUUCCUACACAUGGCCAUGAGUUGGGAUUCUCCCUCUGCAAUGUCCUCAGAAAUAAUGGCGGCAUUGAUGUGCUGCUCAAAAACUGCACCUCUGAUGACUCUGACCUGAAGUUCUCCAGUGCCAAGGUCCUUGAGCAGUGCCUCACCACAGAAAACAGAGGCUAUGUUGUUGAAAAUGGCCUGGAGGAUGUCGUCAAUGUCGCCUGCGACUGCACAAAGAAUGGAACCUCCGUAGACAAGUCACGUGUUGGGACAGGCAUCUUGGAACACCUGUUCAAGCACAGUGAGGGAACCUGCUCAGAGAUCAUCAACUUGGGUGGUCUCGAUGCAGUGUUGUCAGAAUGCAGGAAGUCCGAUGUGGAAACCCUACGUCACUGUGCCGGGGCUUUAGCCAACCUGUCCCUCUAUGGUGGCUCAGACAACCAACAGCAGAUGAUACGCCGUAAUGUCCCCAUGUGGCUAUUCCCCUUGGCUUUCCACACAGAUGACAACAUCAAGUACUAUGCCUGCCUUGCCAUAGCUACUCUGGUUGCUAACAAGGAACUAGAAGCAGCUGUUUUACAGUCAGGGACACUCGACCUUGUAGAACCUUUUGUGAUGAACCAGAUGCCAGACCAAUUUGCCAACUCGACUGUUGCUCACCGCCACGGACAGAGCUCAAAUUGGCUAAAGAGGCUCGUUCCAGUUCUCAGUAGUAAGAGGGAGGAAGCGCGAAACCUUGCUGCUUUCCACUUCUGUAUGGAAGCUGGUAUCAAGAAGCGACAGGGCAAUCUCGAACUCUUUAGAGAAAUAGGUGCCGUUGAGCCACUCAAGGAAGUAGCCAGUUCUCCCAAUGCUAUUGCCAGUAAAUAUGCUGUGAAAGCCCUCAAACUAAUAGGGGAGGAAGUUCCACACAUCCUUAGCCAACAGGUGCCGCUGUGGACACCAGAAGAUGUACAAAAUUGGGUCAAAAGAAUUGGUUUCUCUGAGUUUGCCGACGACUUUGUUGCUUCUCGAGUAGAUGGCGAUCUCCUUUUGCAAAUGACAGAACAGAACUUGUGUGAAGACAUUGGUAUGAAAAACGGCAUUCUCAGACAAAGAUUUCUGCGUGAGCUUAAAAAGUUAAAGCUGAUGGCAGAUUUCUCUUCCUGUGACUCCACAAAGCUCAAUGAAUUUAUGUUACAAGUGGAUCCCGACUUUGCAGUUUAUACCUACAGUAUGCUGAAUGCUGGUGUCACUCGUGAUUGCUUAAGAUAUCUCACAGAGGAGCAGCUAAUUUCAGAGUGUCGCAUCUUUAACUCAAUUCAUCGGCAAAAAGUUAGAGAAAAAAUUAGAGAAUAUUAUGCCGUUGGUCAGAUUUCUAAUGGUGAUCCCGUAGACAAGAAUCUAGAUGUUUUUAUCAGCUAUCGACGUUCCAAUGGCUCACAGCUAGCAAGCUUAUUAAAGGUCCACAUGCAGCUCAAAGAAUUCUCAGUAUUUAUUGAUGUGGAGAGAUUAGAAGCAGGAAAAUUCGACAAUAAUUUGUUAAACUCCAUUCGGCAAGCAAAGAACUUUUUACUAGUUUUAACACCCAAUGCCCUGGACAGAUGUAUAGGGGAUACAGAAUGUAAAGAUUGGGUUCACAGGGAAAUCGUUGCAGCUCUCCAGUCUGGGUGUAAUAUUAUUCCUAUCCUCGACAACUUCCAGUGGCCUGACCCAGAAGAACUCCCUGAAGAUAUGCGUGCUGUGUGUUACUUCAAUGGCGUUAGAUGGAUCCACGACUACCAGGAUGCCUGUGUGGACAAGAUUGAGAGGUUCAUCAGAGGCGAGUGCAACAUGCCCGGAGAUGGCCCACUAGCACGUUAUGUUAGUGGCAGCGCACUAGGAGGCAUGGCCACACCAGGAACGCCUUCGACUCUUCCAAGAGCUCCACCUCCAUACCAGCGCACUACAAGCACAGAAAGCGGGAAGGGCUCCUCGUGUUCUGACAAAGACUUUGCCAAGGACUGACGGGGCGACCCUGCACUGGUUAAACAUAGAAGAUUAUUAACCACAAGUAGCCCACGAUCUGCCUCACCUCUAAGGCUUUGCGGUAGAGCAGCCAGUCCUGUCCCACGGCUCCCCGUACGUGGCUCAGCCAGUAGGGGACUUGGGGCCGGCUCUCCCCUCCUCCCACGCCCAAUGCGCCGAUCACUUCCACCUUCACGCUCUCUUAGUCUCGACACAGGCUUAGAUUCUAACACUGUAGCUGCACGCGAUUCAGAGACCGCAACUGAUGUCGUAUCGUCCUGUGAACAAUACCUGCAACAGCAACAGCAGCCAGGACAGCAGGAAGCACAACAGCAGCAAAGUGGGGAGCUGCGACCUUCAAGGCGGAGACUAAGCAGCAUCCCAUGCGAGAGCAGCCCUAUAGCGGAAGAGGAGAGCGGGAUAGAAGAAGAGUGCAGCCGAUUGUCUGCCAUGGAGAGCGAGUUGGGAGGGAGCAAGGAGGACACCUCCAACCUCACCAUUUCCUCCAGGUCGACGGCUUCUUCCAGGCGAUCAUCUAUUGCCUCGACGGACGAAGCAGGCAGAAAGGCCUCCUUUGUAAACAAGUGCAUGACACGCGUCAGAGGCUUCAUCAAGAAAUAACAAGAGUAAUGCGGUGCCUCUUCGGAGGAUGGUGCUUGUGGUGGUAAUGUUCUGUGAGGUCAUAGUGCUGUUAUGCCUCACGAUGCGAGAGGACGCAUGUUGACCAGUGCAGGGAGUUCAAUUAUCCUGUUCAGUUGGGUGUUGUGGCCGUCAAACUGAAAAUUGAGUCAGGCCAGGCACUCAACUCAGGAAAACUUCAGGUCUUUUUAACCAUUUCUCAGAAGUGACCCUCAACUAAUAUUAUGCCAAAUUCAAUAAACUUGUGACAUAGAAUGAGGUAAGAUAAUAAGUUGUGUCAAAACUGAAAUGAAAAAAGAAGAAAAAAAAUUGAUAUACUCUCUAGUUACCUACAAAAUUAAUCCUGCCAUACCGUUUUCUGAAAAAAAGCAACUGAUAAUUUUUCUCUCUUUUAUUAUUUUUUGUUAAGAAAAAAACAAAACAGCCAUUCAAGGAUACUGAAUAAUACAAUGUAAAGCAUUUAGAGAUUCUUUGUUUUCCUAGUUUGUUAAAUAAUGUUUUACACCUGCACAUCUUUCCUUUUAAUUUUCAACAUCUGUUUUUCUAUUAAAUGUUACAGCAAAGCCUUGCAAAUGUUCAUAUCACACUUUUAUACCAUGCAGCAAGUAAGGGCAACUUUGAGAAUUUUUAUUAUAUGUGAGAGUUCUACAAAUCUUUAGGGAUGAUUUGAAGUCAUGAGCUAGGAGAAGAAAGGUAUAUUAUAAAAUUGUUUUAUAGAAAUAUAAAUAUAUAUAUAUGCAACUUUUUAAUUUAUAUUUAUUGACUCUGACACGUGUACGAAUUUUGCUAGUGCAGCAACUGGGCAUCUAUCUACCCUCCUCUACAAAUAAUUUAAAACCAUAGAUUUUGUAUACAUGGUCAUAUUUCAUAAGAUAAACAAGAGAAUAAAAACAGAAUUACAAAAAAAAAAAAAAAAAUCCCUGAAUGCCGUAUUUCAGGUCUUGUUAGUCUUCUUAAUCUUUACAAGAAUAACUUUUCAUCACUUUGCCUAAAUUUUACUACAACAGACUAUUUUUUGCCCUCUAUAAAAUUUCGGGAUAAGAUUACAUUGAUGAAACACAUUUCCAUAAUUACAUUUUUUUUUCUCUUUUUUUUUUUUUUUUUUUUUUUUCUAAAGACUUCCAAAGAAUUCUCCCAUCACUGACAGAACUAAUGGUACAGUGCAUUUGUUCCUCACUGUAAAUAUUUUAGUCAUGGUUUUAAUUUUAAGUUUUUUUUUUUUCUCUCUCUCUCUCUCUCCUUUUUUUUUUUUUUGAGCAACACAAAUAAUAUUGUAUUGUUAAUAGGAAAUCUGUUAUAUGUCAGUUCCAAGCCGGUGAUCAGUUGUGUUCGUUGUUGUAAAUAGAAGUUGGCAACUAACGUGUAAGUUUGAGAAUUAUUAUUUUUACACGCAGUAGCCCGGAGCUUAAAUAAAUACUAUUUAAGUAAUGCAA